UGAUUUUCCUCUUUAAACCCACCCACCUUCAUCGCUACCUGUUGGCAACUUUCUGCCCCAAAAUUUUCUGUCGUUUUAUUUUCUUUCACGUGUCGUUUUGUAAAAUUUUUUCCCUUGUUCACACCCACCGGAGGUCUGAUCGCCGAGGAUUAAAAUAUUGCUUCAGAUCAGGAACGUCUUUGCAAAACCUGAUUAGCCAGAAAUCGGACACGUGAAUGGUUGUACGGUUAAUCCCUGUUCCUGCGGGUAUCGAAACCGUCUUCGGGACGACGUGCUGAUUGCGAGGGAAAAUUCUAGUUUUUUUUUUCCCCCGGUUCUUUUAUUGAUUCGUUGAUGGACGAUCUCAGAGAUUGGUCGCCUGAACUAAACGGCGCCGUGUUAGAAGAGAGGCCGUUGUCGUCAGUUUCGUUGAAUCAAACGGAGAUUGGCGCCGAGUGCUGGCUGAUAGCUGAGGAAGCAACGCAGGGGAUCAUUGCCAAGGUUCAGCCCACUGUUGUCUCUGAACAGAGAAGAAAAGCGGUUAUUGAUUACGUGCAAAGAUUAAUCAGAAAAUCUCUUGGUUGUGAGGAUCUUGGUUGUGAGGAUCUUCGUUGUGAGGUAUUUCCAUUUGGUUCAGUGCCAUUAAAGACUUAUCUCCCUGAUGGAGAUAUUGAUCUGACUGCCUUUGGUGGUCUAAAUGUGGAGGAGGCUUUGGCCAAUGAUGUAUGUUCUGUCCUUGAAAGAGAAGAACAAAACAGGGCUGCUGAGUUUGUAGUGAAGGACACCCAACUAAUCCGUGCUGAGGUUAAACUUGUAAAAUGCCUGGUACAAAACAUUGUGGUAGAUAUCUCCUUCAAUCAAUUAGGAGGAUUGUGUACACUCUGCUUUCUUGAGCAGGUUGAUUUUCUCAUUGGAAAAGACCAUCUCUUUAAGCGCAGUAUUAUACUAAUAAAAGCUUGGUGCUAUUAUGAGAGUCGAAUUCUCGGUGCUCAUCAUGGCUUGAUUUCUACAUAUGCCUUGGAGACUUUGGUUUUGUAUAUUUUCCAUCUAUUCUACUCAUCAUUAAACGGUCCUUUAGCGGUUCUGUAUAAAUUUUUGGACUACUUCAGCAAAUUUGACUGGGACAACUACUGCAUCAGUUUGAAUGGGCCUGUUCGCGUCUCUUCCCUGCCAGAAGUUAUAGUUGAGACACCUGAAAAUGGUGGACAGGAUGUAUUGUUUCCUACUGCGUUGCUAAAGGGCUGUGUUGAACAGUUCUCGGUCCCUUCAAGAGGCUUUGAAACAAAUUCACGAACAUUCCCUCCAAAGCAUCUCAACAUACUUGAUCCACUAAAAGAGAAUAAUAACCUUGGCCGCAGUGUGAGCAAAGGGAACUUUUUUCGUAUAAGAAGUGCAUUUACAUACGGGGCUAGAAAACUUGGGCACAUCCUUUCACAGCCAGAGGAGAUCUUAGCUGAUGAACUCCAGAAGUUUUUCUCGAACACUUUGGAUAGACAUGGAAGUGGACAGAGACCCGAUGUUCAAGACCCUGUUCCAUUAACCAGACACAAUGGGUUUGGUGUCGCAUCAACAAUUUCAGGGGCAGAGUCAUGUGAGGAGAAUGGUAUAUAUGAAUCAGAAUCCGCCAUAACAGAGAAUUGUAAGUUAGAUCAUGAAGCACAAUUGUGUGGUGGUGUCAGUAACAUGAAGAUAUCUGAAACUGAACUGAGUGACUGCAUAACCAUGAAUGGUUCUGUGGAUGGAACAGCUGUUUCAGAAAGCCGUCUUUCAGGGGAUGCAAAAGACCUAGCUACCUGUAGAAUUCAAGAUCUUAAAAUUUCAAAUGGUUCCUCCAAGUCUUCCUCUCCAAGUGUUGAGGAGAAUACUUCCCUUGUGGGUAAAGUGCAUUAUGCGCCACAUCUAUAUUUUACUUCUUCAUCUACAGGAAAUGGAGAAAUGAGAAAUGGAAAUGUGGAGUGCAAACAGCUAGCAAAUUUUGGUUCUGCUGAGAAGAACAGGUCUUCUAAGAUUCUGUCAGCACCUUGCAAGGAAACCAGCUUAAUUGUACCUGAUUCUCAGUGUGAGGGUGUUAUGCAUGAUGUUCCAUCUCCUGCUGGAUCAAAGCACUAUCCUUCAAUAAUGAGUACAGUUGCUUGGUCCUCAGAAGAUUAUAAUUAUGGCUACAGUGGCUAUCAGGCAUCACCUACGACUUCUGGCAGUCCCAAAGCUUUGAAUUUAUCUGAUCUCACUGGGGAUUAUGAUAGUCAUCUUUUUAGUUUGCGCCUGGGCAGGCAGUUGUGUGAGCAAUCCUGGAAUGCAUCCUAUUCUUCUAUGCCUUCACAGUUACGUUCUCAGUUCCAGAACAAUAAUUCAUUAAAUGUAAUGCAACAGUCACUGUCAUUUGGGAGAAAUGUUAUCCCCCAUGCCAAUGGCUUUGUCACUGGACCAAUUUUUUAUUCCAUCAGUCCACAGAUAUUGCCUGGUGCAAGCUUUGGUGUGGAAGAGAUGUCAAAACCUCGAGGAACUGGGACCUAUCUUCCCAACAUGAGCCUUUAUAGGGAUAGGCCUUUGACUAUGAGGGGAAGGAGUCAAGCACCAGUUAGAUCUCCUCGUAGCAAUGGCCGUGUCAUGGUUCCCCAUGAAACAAGUUUUCCUGAGAGAAGCAGCCGUGAAUUUGCACCAGUACAAUUUAAUGUUCAUCAAGGUGGUGGAAAAACUGGACUUGUGGAUAUUUGCCACCCUGGCUCCCCUGAGAAAAAGGCACAACCUAAUUCCAAUGGCUCUAGUCAUCCGUCAGAGAGGACUGUUGGAGGACAGCGCUCUGUUGUUCCAACCCCUCUUGAGAGCAGUAGGCAACCAAACAAGGCUUCUGUCGUUGGUCAAAACUCAAGUUCAAGUCUCUUAUCACCAAAGACGGAAACGGGCAAUGAUCAAGAUAGGAGUGCUGUAGAAUCAUCAUACCAAUAUCAAGUCGAAGAUUUCCCCCCUCUAUCUAAUCUGAUGGCAGUGGGAAGGAAUGUGGUUUAAGUUAAUAGGUGAGUAAAUGCUAACAGACCAAACUGUGUCAAAGCCUUUAACGGCUACCUAUGGCCAUUAUGAAGCACGUAACAUGUAGUUUGAUUAUCGGAAAGACAUUUUGUACAUUCGACUAAUUAUUUUUAACACCUUAAUGCUGGAAUGAUGGUUUUAACCAGUUUUUUUUAUCAUGUCACCAAUCUUAGGUCAAAAUUGUAGACUCAGAUAUUAUCUUUGCCGAUGUCUCAUGGAACUGAUACCAGACUAGAAAUAAUGGUUUUUGGCAGUUGUAAUAGUAUAACAUUUUUGGCUUUUCUGUUC